ACAGAGUACAAUUGUCACUUUGGAACAUCCAAGAAAGCUAAGAUCGACACGAUCGAAUGGAAAAAGUCGAAAAAGAACUCCGAGCCAUCACCUUCACAUGCUGUUUUUGAGCUGGAUGGUUCAUCAAUUUGUCAAUAAUUCAAAGAAUCAAUGGAUAUUCCAGCGAAAAAUUAUCAAAAUCUAAAUUAAACCUCUAUUAUUUUUUGAAAGUAUCCAAAUAAUAAAUAUUUUGUUCAUAUUCUAUUAA